AUGGAUAGCCCAAAAGAACCGACAGACCCUGCAAGCUUCCAAAUGUCAUGGAGCAGAAGCUGGCCGCCCGGCUCAGAAUUAAGGCCCAAACCUCCUCUCUCCCUCUCCCUCUCCGCCCGUGGCUUCGCCGCCUCUUCCUCCUCCGGUUCCAGCUUGACCAACCCCACCACCUCCUUCGACUGGUCUGACGACAAGAAUGACGGCGAGGACGGCACCGCCACCGCCAAGUCGAAGAAGAAGACGACGACGGUCGACAACAAAAGCCGCAAUCUUCCCCCACCCUAUGAUCCCUUCAGCAAGAAGCCGGUGAUCGAGGAGCCCAGCGACCCGUCCAACCUCCCGGAGAUCUUCCACAAGAUGUGCACCGAGGGCCUCACCAACCACGCUGUCAAGAUGUUUGACGCCCUGUCCAAGGACGGCCUCACCCACGAGGCCCUCGAGCUCUUCUCCGUCAUCAAGGACAAGGGCUCGAUGCCCGACGUCGUCGCCCACACCGCCGUCAUCGAGGCCUAUGCCAACGCCGGCGGCCACUCCAAGGACACCCUCCGCACCUUCGACCGCAUGCUCGUCUCCGGCGUCUCCCCCAACGCCUACACCUACACCAUCCUCAUCAAGGGCCUCACAAGGGACGACAAGCUCCCCGAGGCCCAGAAGUACCUGCUCGAGAUGAUCGGCAAGGGGAUGUGGCCCAACGCCGGCACCUACCAGGCCGUGCCAGGCACGGCCCGUCUCGUGUCUGGCACAGCCCGUGCCGGGCCCGGCAUGGCCCGCCACCCCACAGGCCUAGGGCCGUGCCGGGCUUAG